AUGCCCGAGCUCCACGAGAUCUCCUACAUGUUCACCAAAUGUGGGUUCGGUGCUGCAUUCAUUGUCAACACUUUCCUUAUAUUCCUCACUGUCCUGCACAUCAAACGAAUCUACAGUACCUACAAGUACAUGGUCGUGGUAUUCGCCUCCAUGGGUAUCGUAUUUUCCGGUUGGGAAAUCGUGGCGAGACCCUUCGCUCAUAACUACAACAAGGGAUUCUUGUAUUUUAGUUUGAGUAAUUCGUAUGAUGCUUCACAAGAGUUUUUGCGAUUUGCUAUUGUGGCUUACGGUAGCUUCUACCUGGUUAUACUCGCAUUUAUAGUUGUUCAAUUUAUAUAUCGAUAUAUCACAUUGUUCAAGCCUGUGGCUAUCCGGAAGUUUAAGGGAAAAGGAGUUAUAGUUUGGAUGGUAUACCCUUUGUUGGCUGGUGCGGCGUUUGGAGGACCGCUUUAUUGUUUUGGAGUGGUGGAUGAGUAUUCGGAUGAGUAUUUGAGAGACGAGAUUCUAGAAAAAUAUGGGAUGGCGAUCAAGGACUUGCCGCGUUUCGCUAUUGUUACUUAUGACGCCCACGGCCAUUUCAGAUGGCGUAAUAUCUGCUACCUUCUCACCUCUAUAUCUGUCAUGGGCUCCCAAUAUCUCAUUAUCAUUUUCUGCGGGCUCCGCAUGCAUCUCACGAUGAAAAAAGAGCUGCGAAACUUUUCCGUGCCCAACCGCCGACUCCAGAAACAAUUCUUCACGGCUCUAGUGGCUCAAACCCUUGCUCCAACACUUCUUUUUGUGGUUCCAGCUGCGCCGAUCUUGUUGGGACCCCUAUUGGACACCGAAUUGAGUAUCCGGACUGGAAUGAUAUAUGUACUUCUGAACUUGUACCCACCGAUUGAUAGUAUCGCGUUUAUGAUGAUCGUUUCGGAGUAUAAAGUGGUUAUUUGUGAACUCUGUGGGUAUCUCACUUUCAAAUCGGGCAAAGGAUCUAGGCAGACAUCUCAAGUUUAUUCAACUUAUAUCACCUAA